AUGCCAGGCCGCCAAUCCACAGGACCUCCGUCACUUCCGAGGCCAAAGGCCAAGAAACGGAAAACCAGACGCGCUCUGAAUGCACUCGCUAUCGCCGAGAAAGAAGCGCCCACACAGCUUAAAGCAAGACGGAAUCGUUUGGGGGAGUCUGAGGCUCCAAGCUCGUCUAAGCGACGGCGGGAACCUGACGAUGAAGACGAAGCGGUUGAGGAAGAGCCUUCGAAACGAGCUAGGAAGGGACCGCUUUUCCAAGAUGACGAGAACGUUGAGAUUGGAAGUGAUAGUAGUGGUAAUGAAUGGAUGACUGGUCAAGUAGACGAAGAUGACGACAGUGAAUUAGACAGCGAUGAGGCUAUGGGCGAAAGUGAUGAAGAAAGGUUUGAGGGCUAUACAUUUCGAGGGAGCUCUUCACAGACAGUGAAGCCCAGGAGAAAGAAGACACGAGGAGAAGCAGGAGGAAGCAGUGACGUAGAGCAGCGAGAAAUUGAUCUCGAUGAGGGCGAUGAGACAGAGGAAGAGGACGAUGAUUUUGGUGACGAGGGUGUGGACCUCGUGACUAUGUUAGACGAGGAGCCAGAAGACAAGAAAGUCCAGCCUACGAAAGCGAGAAGAAGAGCAAAACAAUUGUCCGCAGGAGAAACUGAGGGUGAUUUCGCAGGAGAGGAUUCUCAGGAUGAGGAAGAGUCUAUGCUAUCUGUAUCUGAUUCCGAGUCCGAAGCUGCAAAUACAUCCAAAUUGGAGUCUUUACAGAAUCUAGUCUCUUCUAUGAACCAGCAAGACAAGCAUGCAGAGGAGUCUGUACCUGACGCACUUGAGUCCAUGCCACCCUCUGAGUAUGGCAUAACUUCCAAACGAAAAUUGACUGCAGCUGCUCUUGCCGCGUCAAUAAAAGAUCCCCAGCUCAAGAAGUCGCUGAAGAUGUUGUCUGAAAAUGAAUCCAAAUCAUCUGGUAAACGUAACAAGUCUCAGAAACUAGAGGUGCCGCUUCCCAAACGACAACAAGAUCGUAUCGACCGUACUGCGGCAUAUGAGAAGAGUAAAGAGACUCUCAACCGCUGGAUUGACACUGUCAAACACAACCGGCGAGCUGAGCAUCUAUCUUUCCCGUUGCAGGACCCAGAUUCAGCAGUGCCACAGGGACAAAAUCGUCUGCUGCCAAAUUCUCAUUCUAAACCUUUCACAGACCUGGAAAGCACCAUUAAAAAUAUUCUUCAGGAAAGCGGCUUGACAGCCCCAGAUGGACAGUCUGACGAUCGGAUUCGAGCCUUUGAGGAAUUGAAGUCCAACAAGUUGCCAGUAGAAGAAGUGCUAGCUCGUAGGGAGGAAUUGCGGAAAAGGAGAGAUCUUCUUUUUAGAGAAGAGAUCCGUGCUAAGCGGAUUAAGAAAAUAAAAAGUAAGCGAUAUCGAAAAGUUCAUCGCAAAGAGCGAGAGCGGACCGCCGCCCAUCUUAGUGAUACCCUCAGAGCCAAUGGGGAGAUCGAUUCUGAGGAGGAGAAGGAAAGAAAUGAUCGGCGAAGAGCGGAGGAGAGAAUGGGUGCUAAACAUCGAGAGAGUAAGUGGGCGAAAGGUGUUAAAUACAGUGACAGAAUGAAGUGGGACGAAGAUGCUCGAGAAGGGAUCGUUGAGAUGGCUCGACGUGGAGAAGAAUUGAAGAGAAGAAUUGAAGGAAAGGAUGUGAGGGAUGGAGACGACAGUCACCAAUCUUCCGAGAGUGAGGAGGACAGCUCCGACGUCGACCAACAAACCCGAUUGACGGAUCGAUUACGGACUUUGCAAAAGGAACCAUCAAAUGAUGAGACGGGCGGAAAAGGCGGCAAUAGAUUAGAAUCUAUGGAUUUCAUGAGGAGGGCAGAAGCGUCCAGGAGAGCUCAGAAUGAUGCCGAUGCUGAGAAUCUAAGACGCGACUUAGCUGGAGAAGAAACCUCAAGCGACGCAGAAAGCGGUGAAGGCACAGGCCGCAAAUCUUACGGUCCACAAAGGAAAUCUGCUGAGCCUUCGCACGCCGUGAUUGAACAUAACGAAUUCGAAGAGCGGGAAGACUCCGAUGUGGAGGACAAGCAGAGUCGACGAAGACGCGAGGUGGACAUCGAUCGUGACAUAGUCGACCUCGAUCAGAGCAGAACUGUGGAUAUGUCUGCGCCAAAUCGGCACACGUUAGCCCCAAAACAAGUCAAGCAAGAUCCUUGGAAAUCCAACGUGAUGAGAGGAGCCAAUGGGUCAAAUACGCCAGAAGACACCGUAUUGGAGAGUCCAGGGGACCAAAUAUCGCAGCAGAAACCCUUACGAUCAGCUCUCAAGGGCGCUCGCGCGGCCCAACAGGCGGAGCACAAUGGCGAUGCUUCUCUCUCCAAUCCCCCACAAUCCAACAACGCAAGCCUCAACCGGUUUUCAAUCAACGGAGGAGAAGAAGAGGAAGAUGGCUCGGAAGCUGAAGAGCCAGUUGUGUUCACUAACGCAGAGCAUGCCCGCCGUGCCUUCGCAGGUGACGAAAAGCUGGACCAAAGAUUUCACGAAGAAAAGGACGCACUCACGAAGGAGCAAGACGACCAGAUCAUCGAUAACACCAUGCCCGGCUGGGGCUCCUGGACAGGCAUCGGCGUCAGCAAAAGGGCAUCGAAACCACAUCCUCGUCAGCGCAAGGUCACGAAGGUCCUUGGGAUUGCCCCUGAAAAUCGAAAGGACGCUAAGCUGAAAGAUGUGAUCAUCAGUGAGAAAAAAGUGAAGAAGAAUGGCAAGUAUUUGGCGAGCCAAUUGCCUCAUCCUUUCGAAACGAGAGCGCAGUAUGAGCGGAGCUUGAGGCUGCCUGUUGGGCCAGAGUGGACGACUAAGGAGACGUUCCAGGGAAUGACGAAGCCGAGAGUGUUGAUGAAGCAGGGUGUGAUUGCACCAAUGGUGAAACCUAUAGUGUGA